UUUUCAUAUCGCAUUUCUCAUUUUCAUUUUUCAUUAGGUGAUGACUGUUUCAGGGCAGAAGAUAAUGGCGCAUGCCGGAGUAGCCACCGCAACCCCCGACCUCGGGAAGGAAUCUAUGAUGGGGCUCGUCCAGUGGAGUCCAUGUAGGUGCAGGCAUCUUUUUGCACUUUUAAGUGUAGCUUCGAUUCUCAUUUGGCUUGUUUUCCUGGUGCUUAGAGGUGAUGAUGGACUUUCAAGUAAUGCACUGUAUCUUCGAGAAGCCCAAACCGAAAAUUUGACCAGCGAACAGAACGACCCUUAUAUCAACUGGAUUAACUUGACCCCCGGCUAUAUCGAUCGGCUGUCGGUUCUUGGUCGCCGUAUCUUCUUGAACGAAAAAAUUGGUUCUGAACAAGAUAGACAUUUCACGAUCCACAUCUGGAAGUAUGAAGAGUAUGGCCAAGACCUCGGAGACCGAUUUUUCAAGGUGGGAUCUCCUGAAAAUUUUGAUCCUUUUGAAGACUGUUCUGUCAGCAACUGCAGAAUGUCUUUAAAAGAUGAAAACGUCAUGUUUGCAGACGCCGUUCUCUUCCACCUGCACCACAUUGCGGGUCCUCCAGCUGACGUGCCUAGGGCACCUGGGCAGCUCUGGGUGUGGUUCACAGACGAGAGUCCCAACAAUGUUCUUGCAUUGUCAAGUGACCGCAUUUUAAGUCAUUUCAAUGGGGUUUUUAACUGGUCAAUGAACUACAGAAUGGAUUCGAGUGUACCAGUGCCGUACGGAAGAACUGUUUCAGUACCUGAAAAUGAGUGGCUGAAUACGACAGAGGAUUAUUAUAAAAUGAAACGUAAAAAUGUUGCCAUAAUGGGUUCCAAUUGUGGCGACCCAAAUAACAGAUAUAAAUAUGUUGCUGAGCUGCAGAAAUACUUAGCGGUUGACGUGUAUGGCGAGUGCGGACCGCUAAAGUGCCCAGGUCAUUACUGGACGAACUGCGACAAACUCGACGACUACAAGUUCUACCUGGCGUUCGAGAGCUCAAACUGCGACGAAUAUCUAACAGAGAAAGUGUGGUGGAACGCUCUGCACAAGUCAGCCGUGCCUGUGGUCAUGGGACCGCCGAGGUGGAACUACGAGAUGCUGCUGCCUCCGAAUUCUUUCAUCCACGUGGAGGACUUCAGAAGCCCUGCGGAUCUGGCGCGAUACCUGAAGUACCUCUUGAACCACCCUGCCGAGUACCAAAAGUACCACGACUGGAGGAGACGAUACCGAGUACUCAACGAGCACGGGUACUCGGCAGCCCCAGUGUGCCAUUUGUGCAGACUUUGCGAGGCACUGAACUACAACAACAAAAUGGACCAACAAGCCGACCUGGAGCCUUUCUACGACCGAGAUCAGCAGUGCUACCCUCCACAAUGGGUUGAUUAGCAUCAUUUCUACAACAGAGAUCAGCAGUGCUACCCUCCACAAUGGGUUGAUUAGCAUCAUUUCUACAACAGAGAUCAGCAGUGCUACCCUCCACAAUGGGUUGAUUAGCGUCAUUUCUACGACAGAGAUCAGCAGUGCUACCCUCCACAAUGGGUUGAUUAGCAUCAUUUCUACAACAGAGAUCAGCAGUGCUA